UGUUUCUGGUCGUCUUCCCUCGCUUUUCUUCUGUUCAUUCUAACAUUUUAGUUGCCUGUCGUUUCACCGUAAUGGAUUUGCCUGAGGACCCUCUGGAUGGUCCCACGUCAAUGACAUCUAGCAUUUCAAACUCUCUUGCCGGUCAUCACCAUCCCGCUGUCGGUCAGAGGAUGAAACACCACAAGUACGCGUUUAGGGCGAUAGACGAAGCUCUGAAAUUAGAAGAAAGGGGAAAGGAUGGAGUACAAUGGACGGUGAAGGCAAUUGGACUCUACGAGAGUGGAAUACUAGAGUUGGAGCAAGGCAUUGCAAUUACAAUGCCGGCAGACGUAGAGGGAGAGGAACUUGUAAAGGCAGAACAGUUAUGUGCGAAGAUGUUGAAGACCGUGGAAUCUGCGAGGCAACGAGUUGUUGAGCUGUCCAAACACCUUGAGAAAGCAAGAAGCGAAGAAACAUUGGAUGCACAUCGCAAACCUGUGCAGUACGUACAACCAGCUAAACGCGUUGAUCGACGGCUCCCUCCAUCUCAGAGAAAGCCACCUCCGAAGAAACAACUGGUGCCUAUACAGCAAGUUACUUGUAAUCCGUCUCAGAGAAGGGGUUUGUCUGAGGGGGCGAUAGAUAUACCUGGUGUAUCACAUCAGAUGAUUGACAUGAUUAAGAGUGAGAUAGUAGACAGAUCAUCGGCAGUACGAUGGGAUGACAUUGCUGGUCUUGAAUUGGCAAAGCAAUCAUUACAAGAAAUGGUCAUUCUGCCCGCUCAGAGACCGGAGCUAUUUACCGGGCUUCGCUCUCCAGCUAAAGGUCUUCUCUUAUUUGGCCCACCAGGAAAUGGGAAAACAAUGCUAGCUAGAGCUGUUUGUGCAGAAUCAAAUGCAACGUUUUUUAACAUCAGUGCUUCAUCAUUAAUGUCCAAAUUUGUUGGAGAAGGUGAAAAGAUGGUCAAGACUUUGUUUGGUGUUGCACGAGCAAUGCAGCCUGCCAUAAUAUUUAUGGAUGAGGUGGACUCGUUGCUUUCUGAGAGAAAGGAGAACGAACAUGAUGCAUUGAGAAGGAUGAAGACUGAAUUUUUGCUUUCAUUUGACGGAAUACAUUCAAGUGCCGAGGAUCGCAUUGUUGUAAUGGCUGCCACCAAUCGGCCACAAGAUCUAGACGAUGCUGCACUAAGGCGUUUUGUGAAGAGAGUUUAUGUGUCAUUACCAGGACACGAGACUCGAGAAUUGAUGUUGUCAAAACUGCUAAAAGGCCAGAGUUCUAGUAUGACUGCCAGAGAGAUUUCUACUCUUGCACGCAUAGUUGACGGUUACUCAUGUAGCGACAUAGCAGCUUUAGCGAGAGAUGCAGCCAUGGGUCCACUUAGAGAUCUCUCACCAGCAGAGGUCAGAGACAUGCCAGCUGAUCAGGUAAGAAAGUUGAACCUUCAAGAUUUCAAGAAUUCUCUGAAGAGAAUCCGACCCAGCGUCAAUCCACAUAGCUUAAAAGCAUAUGAAGUCUGGAAUCAGCAGUAUGGCUGUGCAACAUGAAAUAACACAGAAUAUUUU